AUUAAGAGUAGAGCCUCGAAUGAGAUCGUUACAUUACAUUUAAUUAAAAGUUAAAAAAAAAAUACAAAAAAAAAAAAUUCAAGUUCGCUUGGGUGCAAAGUUUAAGAAAAAUGUUUUCAUCAUCUUUAAAAAUUAUUGCAAUUUUUAUUUCUCUGCUUAAUAAUUGCAAAGGUGUAAAUGUUAUUAAUUUUGAAUUUACGGAAGACUUUAAGGGUCGCGAGUUUCACAGUGUACCGACAACCGUGAAAACUUUUGAGAACGAUACCGUUUUACUACCAUGCGAUUACAAGUUCUCCUAUGGUUCUGUGCGUUGGCUUAAAGAUGACUUAUUAAUUGUGGAUGCACCACAUUCCGAAGAAGUCUCAUUAAAACGCUAUCGUUUAUUAGUGAACGGUAGUUUAGUAGUAAUGGAUGUUCAACGGGAAGAUACGGGGAAAUAUUAUUGCGAAAUUAUGAGCAAUACUGUGAAAGCGGUGCAAAUCCAUGCCAUCGAAGUGCAAUAUCCUCCGCGAAUAUUUGCUUCGCCUAGUGGUUUCAUAGAGCUACCGUUGGGUGCUUUAUUGGAGAUUAUAUGUGAGACGGACGGUGUACCACAACCGGCUAUUACUUGGACGCACAACAAUGCAACAGUAAUUGAUUAUUUAGUGGGCAAUCGGCAAAGUCAUAUAGUGGAGAUAAAAACGAGAAAUAUGUCAGGUACCAUUGAAUGUACAGCUAAUAAUGGUGUGGGCCGACCGGCUACCGAUGGUGUUGAAUUAUCCGUUCUAUUUGCUCCUGAAAUACGAGCAUCUCAGAAGGUUAUCUACUCAAAGAUAGGAGUACGUGUCGCUUUGCAAUGUUUCGUAGAAUCCGCACCAAUAGCGAAAAUUCGUUGGUUACACGAUGGUCGAGUUAUUAGCCCUACACGUUAUAUCCGUCAAGAUGUAGAGAUUCCCUCGAAUUCGUCAGCACUUCGUUAUUAUGCUGAUAUGAAACAUGUGCUAAUCUUUAAGAAUGUACGCGACUCUGAUAUGGGUAUGUAUGAGUGUCGGGCAGAGAACACAAUUGGUGUAGCUAGCGCUUAUAUGGAAUUAACUUUUCGUCCGAUGCCUUGCACAUUCAAAAUCAGUCCUGACAUGCAGAGCCCCACCUCACAUUUGCUCGUUUGGCAAACGGAGAGUUUUUCACCCGUAAUUGAGUUUAAGCUAAAAUUCAGACAAAUACCAUCUGAGAGCUCACUAUCUUCGACAACCGUGACAACUAAGCUUGAGUGGACAGAAUUGACGAUACCAGCAGAUAUUUCUAUAGGGUCCAUAUACACGACAUCGUUCACUUUAUAUGGCUUACAUCCUGCCAGUAUAUAUCAGGUAGUUGUACUUGCACGGAAUCAUUACGGUUGGAGUGACAGCAGCAAAAUAUUGCGUUUCGCCACCGGAGGAGAAGUUGAAUUUCCAAACUACUCAACGGAAGCAGAAACAUAUGAUGCUAACAAUAGCAAUGAUAAUGACGGCGCUAAUAGCAUUAGUAAUACUAAUGACGGUCGUAUCUACGGCAGCGAUAAUAGUGACGAUGAUCCCAAUGAGAAAUCGUUCAAUGAAAUAACUGAUAAUUCUAUUGUUGCUCAAAAAUCUGAUGAGCAUAAAUUAUACAAAACUGUAGUAUUUUAUACAUCGAGAGCGAGCGCUAUUUGCAAUAAUAAAUGUAAUAACCAUUUAUUUAAUUUAUUAGUAGAUCUUAUAAGUGUAUAUGUUAUAGUUUUCAAGUUUUAUUGUUAAUGAAUACUGAAAUAAUAAAUGAGACUAAGCAAAACACA